CUCUCUCUCUCUCUCUCUCUCUCCAUAUGAACGCAUAGAAAUGUAGCUUUCUCUCUCAUUCUAUAUUUUCUUCUUCCCAUUAAAUCGCGUGUCGACCAUUUCAAGUGCCCCUCGCCUACUCUUCACCUUCCUCUCUCUUUGACUUGUAUAACCCUCCCUCCUUUAUAACCCCCACCAUACCCAUCUUCUUAGUUUCUCAGCCUACCCAUCUUCACCACCCACCACCAGCUACACCGCCAUUAAAGCUUCUCUCUCUCUCUCUCUCUCUCUCUCUCUCUCUCUUCAAGCGUUUCGACUGCUGCGAAGUGGAAGAUAGGAAACUUUUCGAAUGAAAAUCUCAUAUUGUAACGGCAAAACCCAGCAUGUCAAAUAUACCCACCUCUCUUUCUGAAAACUGUCUCACUCUCUUUCGCUUGGCCAUGUACGUCGCUGACCCUUGGCCUUUUUCUUAGAACAAAGCUCUUCAAAACUCUCUCUCUCUAAAAGCAAUUCUUCUGCAUAUUCUUCUAAUUAACCUCAGCCAUGAAAAAGAUCCGAGGGUUCUUGCUAAAACAUCGGGUCACCACACUUUUCCCGUGCGUCUUCCGGCGAAACCGAUCACCGUCGGUGUACCGCCGGUUGGACUCACUUCAUAUACGCAAGAUCCGACCCAUUUCCAAACUCUUCAACUGGGCUCACCGGUUAAGAACCAAAGCCAAAGCCAUAUGCUCCAAGAGUUCCUCUCCGGGUUUGGGCCGUGGUUACGUGCAGAUCGGGCAAGACACCGUUGAAGACAAACACGUUCCCGUUCCCAAGGGUCACAUGGCGGUGUAUGUGGGACAGAAAGACGGUGACUUUGAGAGGAUUAUGGUCCCUGUGAUAUACUUCAAUCAUCCAUUGUUUGGGGAUUUGCUGAGGGAGGCUGAGGAGGAAUAUGGGUUCGAUCAUCCGGGUGGGAUUACCAUACCAUGUCGGAUCUCAGAGUUUGAGAGCGUCAAGACCAGGAUUAAGGCGGGUCAAAAUUCCCGAAAAAUACUGACGUGGAAUUAAUACCAUUUGCAUUUAGAUGGUUUUAUUGAUGAUGACGACGAAAAUGCACCAUUAGUUGUGCUGAUAGUGAUAUCUAGGUUUUUAAUUAGCCAAUUUUUAUAUAUUUUCUUUCUUUUUUUUUUGGGUGAUACCCUUCUAUUGAGAUUCACUAGAUUUUUUGAUUGCCUUAAUAAAUCAUAGUUGUAAAUAUUUAGAGAUUUUUUUCAUCCACUCAAUUACUUUUUUUUUU